UACCAUCAGUACGCCAUCACUCUCAGUUAUUUCUGGAACUUCGCGCAAUGCACUUCAAUGCUACGGUUUGUGGUGGCGCCGUCAAUUGAUAUACACAUAAUUUUUUUAAUUUUUUGUUCAAUUUCGCACAAGUAAUAAGGAAAAUAUCGUUAUAUAUAUGAAAAUUGGAAAAAAUUAAAAAAAUAUAAUAAUAACAAAAACAAAGAAACGAGUGUAACGGCACAAAACCGCGUUGUGGUGGAGCAAGUGCGUCGGAGAUUUGGAAAUCUAAUCGCCAAAACACAUGAUGUAGACGACGCGAAGGAUAGUUGUACGAACAGUUUAUAAAAAGCGAACAAAAAAGUUAAAACAUUAAAAUAUAUACAUACAUACACAAAUGUAUAGAAAAGUGUGCAACUGCAAUAAAUCAAAUAAAAUCACCCAAACAAAUGCCAUAAAACUGAUGAUUUAAUUUUUUGUUAAACAAAAGCAAUUGAAAUCUGCAAAAGAUCAACGAAACACUUUGCCAUAUACAAAUAUACAUACAUACACAGCAGCACAGACCGGUACCCGAUCACCGUCUCGCACAACACACAAUGCCUUCAAACAUAUCAACAUUGCGUCAGCGUCUGAGAUGUGCCACCACGACCACAACCACCCGCAGUCCCUCCCUGCAAUCGCUCGACACACUACAUCGACUGUGUAGCUCGGUAUUGCUGAUGCCCUUAUUUGUAUUGCUCCUGCUAUGUCAGUUGAGUGUGGAUAUAGACUAUAGACUGCUGAGUGGGCGUGGCGGUCCACGUAUGCUGGUAACGGCUAGUCAAUCGGGUAUUUAUGUGGAUAACGGUGUGGAUCAGACGAUAAUGCAUCGCGCCUUAGACGAAGAUGAUAAAAUGGAUGUGUCCUAUGAGAUUUUGGAGUUUUUGGGUUUGGCAGAGCGGCCAAGACGAAAGCAUGGUCACUUGUCGCUGAGAAAAUCGGCGCCACAAUUUCUGCUUGAUGUUUAUCAUCGUUUAACCGAAGAGGAGAAUAGCGAAGCGCCAUCGCGUGCUAAACGUGAUCUCGAAGAACAAGAGAAUUUCAUAACCGAUUUGGAUAAGCAAGCAAUCGAUCAGAGUGAUAUUAUAAUGACAUUUCUGAAUAAAAACCACCAUGUCGACGAAGUGCGUCACGAGCAUGGUCGGCGCCUUUGGUUUGACGUGUCCGAUGUGCCGAAUGAUAAUUACUUAAUGAUGGCCGAGUUGCGUAUGUAUCAGAAUCCCGCGCAAGGGAAAUGGUUGACCAGCGGCAGAGAGUUCACGAUCACCGUGUAUGCGAUUGUCAAUAUGGAGGGACAACGCGAAUUGGAAGUGCUCUCCUCGGUAAAUACGACCUCCGAUUAUCAGGGUUGGUUGGAAUUGAAUGUGACACAGGGACUGGAUAUAUGGUUGCAUGAACACAAAAGCAAUAAGGGACUCUAUAUAGGUGCGCAUGCGGUGAACAAGCCGGAACGUGAGGUGAAAUUGGACGAUAUUGGUUUGGUGCAUCCGAAGGGCGAUGAUGAGUAUCAGCCAUUCAUGAUUGGUUUCUUCCGUGGACCGGAGCUGAUUAAGUCCACCAAUCGUCACAGUCGCAAGAAGCGCAACACACCACAUGUGCGUCGUCGUAAGAAGUCUGAAAUGAUCAACCCAUUCCUUGAGGGUACCGUGGAAAAUAUGCGCAGUUGUCAAAUACAGACGCUCUACAUUGAUUUCAAGGACUUGGGUUGGAAUGAUUGGAUCAUUGCGCCAGAGGGUUAUGGCGCCUUCUACUGCAGCGGUGAAUGUAAUUUCCCUCUAAAUGCUCAUAUGAACGCGACCAAUCAUGCCAUUGUCCAGACUUUGGUGCAUUUGUUGGAACCGAAGAAGGUGCCGAAACCUUGCUGUGCACCCACACGCCUAGGUGCUCUACCCGUCCUAUAUCAUUUGAACGAAGAGAAUGUUAAUUUAAAGAAAUAUAAAAAUAUGAUUGUGAAAAGUUGUGGUUGUCAUUAGUUAAGUAACAAAUAAGAAAAAGUAUACAACAAACAAACGAGAUUAAUAAAAUUAUAUAUAAAUUUUAUA